GGGGCUGAAACUGGUCCAAGCAAAAUGAUCGUAAUUAACAAUCUUAAGUAAAAACUCUACAAGCUGCCUCUGUCGGUGCUGCAAAGCCUGUCAUUAAAGAAAGUGCUAAAUACGUGGAGUGACAGUGUGCAGAUGCCUUUUUGAUGAACGAUUCUCCUUUAUCUGAGUGUUGAUGUGAUGGGAAGAGCUCUGUUAUGGAUACCAGCAAGCUGCCCAGCCGCCUGGCUCAGAAGAAUGAGCGGGAGUCCAUCAGGCAGAAGUUGGCUCUUGGCAGCUUCUUUGACGAUGGCCCAGGGCUCUACACCGGCUGCAGUAAGAGCGGCAAGCCCAGCCUGUCCUCCAGACUCCAGAGCGGGAUGAACCUGCAGAUCUGUUUUGUGAACGACAGUGGCAGUGAUAAGGACAGCGAUGCUGAUGACAGCAAGACAGAAACCAGCCUGGACACACCUUUGUCACCCAUGAGCAAGCAGAGCUCUUCCUACUCCGACAGAGACACGACCGAGGAGGAGUCCGAGUCCCUCGAUGACAUGGAUUUUCUCACCAGGCAAAAGAAACUCCAAGCUGAAGCCAAAAUGGCCUUGGCUAUGGCAAAGCCCAUGGCCAAAAUGCAGGUGGAGGUGGAGAAGCAGAACAGGAAGAAAUCUCCGGUGGCGGAUCUGCUGCCACACAUGCCUCAUAUAAGCGAAUGCCUGAUGAAAAGGAACUUAAAACCCGCCGACCUAAGAGACAUGACUAUUGGGCAGCUACAAGUGAUAGUCAAUGAUCUCCACUCACAGAUAGAAAGCUUGAACGAGGAGCUGGUGCAGCUGCUGCUCAUCCGGGAUGAGCUGCACACGGAGCAGGAUGCGAUGCUGGUGGACAUCGAGGACCUGACCAGACAUGCCGAGAGCCAGCAGAAGCACAUGGCAGAGAAGAUGCCAGCAAAGUAACCCCAGAGUCUGUGGCAGCAGAGAUGGAGCUCGCCUGUCCCUCGCUUCUGUGUCUGUACACGUGCUGAUGUCCUCAGUGGCGCGCAGCAAAUCAGUGUUAGUCCUUGGUCGUGUCCGAAGCUUUAUGUCCGGUGAUUGGCCUCUGCUUCUUAAUUUAUUUUAAUUAUUUUUUUUUCUUUUUUUACUCGUGCCACUCAAUAUCAGGCGUUUUAAUAAUAUUAUUACAGAAAAAAUGUACAGUACUUAUAACAUUAUAAAACAUGGCUGAGGAGAGAGGGCAGUUUAACUUUAUUUUUGUUUGCUUUUACGUUGGACGAUAUUUUACCAUUGACUACUUUUUUAUUCUUCACUGUAGUUUUAAAUAAAGAGACUGUACUUGACGGUGCUAUACAAGUCCAAAAGACAUGCCUGCCUCGUAGUGACGUCGUAACCUUCGGUAAUACGUACAUUUUAAUCAGUUUUCAACAUUUUGUGAAUGUUGACUACCUGACGUUCAUUUUUAGAUGUGCUAUUAACAUUCAGUUGGGUUCAAAGAGUUACCUGCAAAGUUUUAUGUAUAAAGAUGUAAAAUAAACAUUUAAAAACUUGUUUCAUA